GAUAAUUUCAAUUUACACCGUCCCUCUUCAAAUUCAAUUCAACGUCUCUGUUCGCAUCGGUUUCGAACCAAAACCUAAAGAAACAAUGGGAAAGCUGAAACCUAAAGCCAAAGAACCAAAGGAGUCUCCCCAAAGCGACGCCGUUCCGUCCUCGUCGGGCAUUUUCAAUACCCUAUUCGGCGACGCCACGGACGACCGAAACGCUGCCGUUUCCAUCUUCUCUGAAAGCAACCCCUAUCGGAGAAAGCCCCAAGAAUCAUUGGGGUUUGCUCCGGCUGAGUCUCUCAGAAGCCCCAACGACGUCGUCUUUGAAAACUCUAAUCUUGACGGUGAGCCGAAGAAGAAGAGGAAUAGGGGCAAGGAGAAAAAUCCUAACCCUAGUCUCGAUUCGUAUACGAUCCCUGAAGCUUCGGAGGCACCAUUGAGGGCGAAGAAAGCAAAGGAAGAGAAACCACAAAAACCGAAUCUUGGAGCUGAAUCUAACGGUGCGUUUGAGGGCGACAAGGGUGGAAACCCUAAUUUGGCUUCUGGGUCAAAUGGGCCGUCGAAGAAAGACAAAGGGAAGAAACCCCAAAACCCUAAUCUUGAGAACGAAAAUGAUAGAGAACCUAAUUUGGGUUCUGAGUCCGAUGGGGCAUUGAAGAAAGACGAAGGGAACGGCUCUAAGUUGGGUCCCAAAUCGGACGGAGAGAACACUAUUUUGGGUGCGAAGAAGAAGAGGAAGAGAGAUGAGCUUGAGAGAGAAUACGAGGCGAAGAAGUACGGCGUGGCGGCGGAGGAAGAGGAGAGAGAGAAGAAGAAACUUGUGGGGGAGAAGAGGAAAACAGUGGAUAAUGUGGAGGAUUUGGUGGUUUCGCCUGAAGGUUAUGACGACGAGAGCAAGCUUUUGAGGACUGUGUUUGUUGGGAACUUGCCGCUAAAGGUGAAGAAGAAGGCUCUUGUUAAGGAAUUCAAACAAUUUGGGGAGGUGGAGUCUGUGAGGAUCCGCUCCGUGCCCAUCUUGGAUACUAAAAGGCCGAGAAAGGAAGCGAUCAUUACAAAGCAAAUCAAUGAAACUGCUGACAGUGUCCAUGCUUACAUUGUUUUUAAAACUGAGGAAUCCACUAACGCUUCUCUCUCCCAUAACAUGGCUGUGGUUGGAGGAAAUCACAUCCGUGUUGAUAGGGCAUGCCCGCCUCGUAAGAAGCUGAAAGGGGAGAAUGAUUCACUUUAUGAUAACAAGAGAACUGUUUUUGUGGGUAACCUCCCAUAUGAUGUAAAGGAUGAAGAACUUUAUCGGUUGUUUUCUGGUAUUGACAAUGUGGGAUCCUCCAUUGAAGCCAUUCGGGUCAUUAGACAUCCUCAUAUGCAUCUCGGAAAGGGUAUUGCCUAUGUCUUGUUUAAAACAAGGGAAGCUGCAAAUUUGGUUGUUAAGAAACGGAACUUGAAGCUUCGGGAUCGAGAGCUGAGGGUCUUCCAUGCAACAAAAAGUUCCACCCCAUCUAAGAGAUCAAAUCCAUCAUCUGCUCAGGCCGCCAAUUCUCCUGCCAAGAGGCUGGCACUGGAUCCUAGGACUCCAGAGAGCAGUAAGAGGGCAAAUAUGAAGGCUCCUCCCCCCGUGUCGUCCUACCAGGGCUUGCGUGCAAGCAAAUCUGGUGUCCAAAAGAAAGUUCAUCAGGAGAAAAGAAAGUUCAUCAGGCCAGGCAGUCUGAAUUCUAAGAGUCAGAAAGGGGUGAAGCCAAAAGAACGGCAUGGGAAAAGACCAUCGGUUGCUGCCAGAAAGGCAAAAGCAAACGUGCUCAAGGAUGGUGGUGGUUCAAGAGGAGCAGGGAUGAAACGCAAGCUAGAUAGCCGAACUCCCGAGAGCUUCCAGCGGAACAAGAAGGCCAAGAAAUUUAAGUAGGAAUACGAAAAGAGAUGCUGUUGAUGUUGUAUGUUGAAGAGGAUUAAGACAUGGGUGUAUCAACUCCCUGUUUUUUAGGUGUCAUCCUUGCACCCUGCUUGGGUGUAUUAAUUAACUAUUUGGAAAUUCUUUUUAUUGCAAUGGAAAGUAAAAGUUGCUUGAA